UUAAACUGAUCGCCACCCAAUGGACCAAUUGGAGAGCGGCGGCAGUUGCUUAGCGUACGGGGGCUGCGCAGCAGGCGUCAUUCAAGAAAAUUAAAUUGCUGUUGUGUGUGAAUUUGUGUGUGUUGUUUUUGUUGCUGGCUGUCGCAAUGCUGCCGCAUUGGGCAAGUGAAAUGCAAAGUGAAGGCGCAGCCGCAGCCGCAGCCCAAUGAGCUAUGCAUGUGGCACAAACAUUUUAAUUAAGAAAAAUCACAAAUCGUAAGCACAGUUAAUUGUGUUUUCUUUCGUGUGCCCAGACUUCGUAUUUUUAUUUUUUUUUCUUUCAUUUUGUUUUGCCCAUUUUCUUUGCCGCUGCGCGCUGCCCAACGCGUCGUACGCACGCGUGUUGAAAUUGUUGUUGUUUUUAUAUAUUUUUUGUUGUUGUGCUGUGUGUGUGUGUGUGUGUGUUUGUGUGCUUACAAGUUGUCACAGCCGAGUGUUAUGCGGUUGUUCUAUUAGUUAAUUUUGUUAUAUUUUUUUUUUAUUGUGCACUGCACUCUGCUCAAUGUUCUCUGCGACCAAUGGGAAAAUCAAGUUGCCGUCACAUGAUACGGACGCAGCCGCCUCGUCCACGCUGCGCUGCCUGCUAAAUGUACCCUUCCGGGAUCUGCACUUUAAUGUGUCCGAUCAUCGGGUCAUACCCGUGCACGAUGUCGUCUUCCUGGAUGACAUCGAACGCAACGUUAAGCCGCUCAUCUAUAGGCCUGUGUUGGCCGACACUGUGAUAGCGACGCCGACGCCAACGCCGACGUCGACGCAGGCGACAACGUUUGUGACUUUGCCGCUGCAGGCAGCAGCAGUUGAGCAGCCGGCAGCCAACGGGAGCCUCUGCCGCUGGGCAUCGAACCCGGAACCUCGUCUCUUUUAG